AUGAUAGGUUCUGACCCGGAGUCUUUCUACAAUUAUUCUGCUCAGAGAUGGUUAUGGAAUGAAUCAGAGCAAUUACGACGCAGAUACAUCCAAUUCGACUUGGAUGCACUUAUCCACAUCGUCAAAGAAGCCGCAGGUAAUGAUGCAGUCUGUCUGAAUUUAUCAAGGCUACCAGAGGGGAACUUCAACAAAGUCUUCCUCGCAACGAUGCAAGAUGGGAAGCAGCUGGUUGUCAAAAUACCAAAUCGGAAUGCGGGACCAGCCCACUACACCACAGCCUCGGAGGUAGCAACCAUGCAAUUUAUUCAAGAGAAGCUUCAUCUUCCUGUGCCAAAGGUCCUUGCGUAUUGCUCCCGGGCCGGCGAAAGUAAGCUUGGGGCGGAAUACAUCGUGAUGGAGAAAGCCCGCGGUAUUGAACUAGGUCGAGUGUGGGAUGAUCUAAAGCCCAGCGACAAACUAGCUAUUGUGAAACAAGUUGCUCAUAUCACGUGUAACCUCGCUCAAUUUCGCUUUCCGCACUAUGGUGCUCUAUACCGAAGGGAUGAUAUCGAGCUAUUUGAGAGCAAAGCUAUUGACAAUGAGUUUGUGGUGGGUCCCACGGUCAAUCGGGCAUGGUUCGACAAUGGGAGAGGGGAAGUUGACGUUUAUCGGGGGCCUUGGACCUCCGCAGAUGAUAUGAUGGAGGCGCUUGUUCAUCGAGAAAUAGCAUGCCUGAAGAAGUUUUCAACCUUCCCCCGGGACUGCCAGCAAGGUAUUUUCGGUGGGCCCGGUUGCUACAACCCAACACACAAAGCAAAACUGUCGGUCUUGCAAGACUUCCUUAAGAUAUACCGUUCUAUCGCACCGCAAGACAAGAACAUAUCUGCCGGUAUCAUCUGGCAUAACGAUCUUCAUACGGAGAAUAUAUUUGUCGACAUCAACAAUCCGUCUCAAAUUACAAGCAUUAUAGAUUGGCAAUGCGUGCCUGUCUAUCCAAUGUUCCUGAUUGCUCAUCAUCCUUCCCUAAUAGAGUACGAUGGACCGAGGGUAAAUGGGUUUGUUAAACCCGAGCUUCCUAAGGACUUGGAUUCACUCGAUCCCAAUGCCAAAAAAUCCGCUAAAGCUACGUAUGCUGCUCAGUUAUUUUGGCUUUCCUAUGAAAUCCAGGUUCAGAAAACUGUCCCCGAGCUGUUACAUGCAUUUCGUUACAAGGAUACGUUGCCAGGUCAAAUUCUGGGAAUAAUUGCAUCUACCUACGGUGACGGAGAACCAUACAUACAAAGUUUACUGGCCGAUAUUAGUCAAGAGGAUGUCUGGAAACAGGUUGUUGGGGUGAAUACAGCCGGCGAUCCGAUUGUGCCAUGUCCUUUACAUUACUCAAAGGAAGAUAUAUCAAACCAGCAGAUGGAUUACGAAAAGUGGCAAAAGGACAUUGAGAGAAAAGCCCGAGUGAUCGAUGAGCUAGGCGUUUAUCCCGGUUGGAAUGGGGCCGUGCCUCCUGACCAAUAUGACGAAAUGUUCAGGAGACUCAUAACAUCGAAGCAAAACUUUUUACUUCGAGAAUCAGCAAACGACGAGGAGAUGGCUUUGUGGGAAAAGCUUUGGCCUUUUCAGGAUGCGCCUUUGAGGCAAGAUUCAGAUUGA